UCAAACUUCUGUUUGGUUUUGGUAUAAUAUUAAAAAAUAUAUCAUGUCUGCCAGCAAGCGAAAGAAUCUGAACAAUAUGGAGGUUGACCAGAAUGAAGAAUCAAGUUCCAGUGACAGCGACGACGAUGAUGAUGACGAGGGUGAGCAUCCGGACGCCUAUAGAGGAAACGAGGAGGUACAGAUUGAUUUUGGUGGCCGAUCUCCAGUUGAUCCCGAUGCCCAGGGCAUAUCACAGUUGCUGCAGCGUCUCUUUCUGCGGGCCCACAUUAAUUGCAAUCAAAUGGCCGAUUUGAUUAUAGCUCAAAACUAUGUGGGCAGUGUCAUCUAUCAGUGCGAUGAUGACGGUGCCGAGAGCGAAACCGAUGAUGAAAAUAUGGUAGAAGAUGGCACAAUAUUUGGCAUUACCUCAGUGCUUAAUCUCUCCGCUAAGAAGGAUCAGCCUAGUAUUGGCCAAUUGCGUACCUACAUACAAGAGCGCGCCAAAUCCCAUGCCACAUCCGAAGUACAACAACAACUGCGUGAGCUGUUGGACAAUGACCAGAGGCAUGUCGGUUUCCUGAUCAAUGAACGAUUUAUUAACAUACCAGCACAGAUCUCUGUGCCAUUGUUGGAGAAUCUACACGAGGAAAUUGAAGCAGCCAAGGCCAAAAAAAUGAAAUUUGACUUUGGAACGCUAUUGCUACUGGUUAAAUUCUAUCGCAAAGAAGCUAAAAAAGGCAAGCCAGCAGAGGAUAACUAUACAAAUGCCGAGGAUGAGUUUCUGUCCGAGAAGGCAAAGUUUUCCUUUGAGUAUUCAGUAGCCUCCGAGUGUGAUUCGGGCAUGUCUGGUGACUGGCUUGAGGGUGAUGCUGUAAUGACGCCAUACAGAAAACUAUUGGCUUUGGAUGCCAAUCAGUUGCCAAAACUUGUAAAAGAUAUACAAAAAUAUAUAAAUGACGAAUAAAAAUCAUGUUUGUUAACCAAA